AUGAACAUGGAAGUUACAUUGCGCAAAACAAGCUCAUCUUCAGUUAAUGAGGUAUAUAGACAAAGAAAAAAUCUACAAAGACAAAAGAAACGUAAACGAAAUGCAAGUGAUUUGAAUUGUUCAUUGCUACAUGAAUUGAAAAAUGUGCCUGAUUGCAUUCAUUGUGGUGCAAGAAGAUUUGAAUAUGAACCUCCUACUUUUUGUUGUGAUAAUGGAAAAGUUAAACUUGUAUUUUCUGAAGUUCCUCCGGAGUUGGAUGAAUUGUUUACAGCCCAGUCAGAAGAAGCUAUUAAUUUCAGAAGGAAUAUUCGUGCUUAUAAUAGUAUAUUCUCAUUUACUUCGUUUGGUGUAAAAUUGGACAAAGAAUUGGCAUCUGCAAGACGGGGAGUUUAUUCUUUUCGAGCACAAGGCAUGGUUUAUCAUGAUCUUCCUGGAUUGAUCCCACAAUAUGCGUCUCCAAAAUUUUUUCAGCUAUACUUUUAUGACACACAAAGUGAGUUUGAGAACAAAAUUAACAUAAUGCAAAAUCAAGUUUUGUCAGAAGCAGUUGUACAGAUGCUCAUGAAAAUUUUAGAGAUCAACCCGUAUGCAAAAUUCUUUCGAAGAUUGAAAGAUUAUCCUUCAAUGGACAAUGUUCAGCUUCAUAUUUCUAAAGAUGUCAACUUAGAUCAACGAGUAUAUAAUUCUCCACAUGCAGAUCAAGUUGCAGCUAUAUGGGUUGAGGGAAAUAAUGAAAAUAUUCCAUUGGAGCGGGAUAUUGUAGUUCAUGCUCAUUCUGGCGACAGACAUAGAAUAAAGCAUUAUUAUGGAUGUUAUGAUCCAUUGCAAUAUCCACUUCUUUUUCCAAUGGGCGAAAUAGGUUGGCAUCAAAACAUUAGAAAGAUUGAUCCAGCAUCUUUGGUUCGUAACACAAAUUCUGUUUCUACUUCUACUUCAUUAGCAAGAACCAUUCUCCAAUGA